UUUAUGGGCUUGAACGCCGUACGCGUUCUCAGUCUCGUUUCCCUCAUCCUCGUCUUUUCGAGCACGAUCUACGUCAUGGUCACCAACGUCAAGGCUGUCAACUACUUUGAAGCCAACAAGGUCAACGCUACAGACCUUGUUGAUUGCGAUUACAUCGAAGGAAGCACGGUGCCCAACCAGCCCGCUGGCGUCUUCUGGGCUGUGGUUGCUAGUCUUCUAAUCAUCUUCCAGACCAUCAUUCUUUUCCUUUCCGAAGUCAGCUGGCCCAUGUCUUUCUUUGACCGCUUCUUCCCCGUCCUGGGAUCCGGGUUUGGUCUCGGCGCUUUGGGAAUCUUCCAAUGCCUAAUCUCAACCCAAAUCCUCUCUCACCACGUAGAUGACUUCACCCUCGUCUCUGCCUUCUUCCUUUUCGCCAUCGGAUGCCUGAACAUGCUUCUCGGGCUCAUCUUCCGCGAAUCCGCGAAACACAAACGAUCCAUUAGAGGCUGGCGCGCAGAGGCCAAAGGCAUCCUCCCCACCGCCUCUGACAAACGGCCCGUAUUCGUCAACGCCACACCUUCCUCCAUCUCGAGCAUGUUCUCCAACAACGAGAAGGCUCCUCAGGACGCUGGACUUGAUUACAGCACUUCCUGGAGGAGCACGCAUAAGCAGGGGUAUGGGUUUGGUAGACAGGGCGAGAAAGCUGCGGGAUUGAGGGACUUUAUUCUGCAGAAGCCAGAAGAGAGUUUGCCGAGGUAUAUGACGCCUACGCCUCUCCCUCAGAAACAGGCGAACCUGUCGAGGUCGGCGACGAGCGUUUCGUCAACUUCGAGCUUUUCGUCGCCUUAUCGGGAGAGCAGGCAGACCCAGGACCAGGAGUAUGAGGCGCCAGAGACGCCUGAGGCUGUGAGUGGUGGUGAAUAUAGGUCGGGGACGCCGGUUCGGUUUUUCAAGUCGAGCAAUACUGCUUUGUGAUUCUGAAUGAAGAAGGCCCCCUUGGAUGGAUUUAGCGAGACCUCUCAAAACUUAAAACUGGACUGGACUUCCUCAUUUACAACACCUAUUGGACUCUAGAUGAAAACGAACUUUAGGCUGGCCGACGAUGGCUGACCCUCCAUUUACAUUUGCUUUUACAUGCGCUUCUUACUGUACAUAUCGUCCUAAUGGUCGACUCUCCCGACGCUCUUCGAGUUGUAGCACUGGUUUUCUUAUAUUUUAUUUGUAUCAUAGUGUAUCUAUAUGAUGAAAAAGGAUUGAUUGAAAGA